AUGGUCAAGGGAAAAACCUCGUCGCGAGGUGGGAAGCAUGCGUCCGCUGGGCCAGCUCCAAAGCAUGCACAGUCUCAGGAAGAGGCAAUCAGGAGACGACGCAAUCGACUAUCACAGCGCUCAUUCCGCGAGCGACGACAUGCCUACAUCAGCGAGCUCGAAGAAACAUCGCGAAGAGCCUCUCAGUCGGAAAGUGAUCGCAACAAAGCUCUCAACAAUGAGAAUGUGGAGCUUCGGAACGCUUACCUGAAGCUACGCACGAAACUGUUCGGAGUCAUCUGUACGCUUCAGGAGAUUGGCGAAGAAGCUGGCAAACGCUUGAAUCUCACCCCCAGUUUGACCACCGCUGGAUCCGAAGACGCCGACAGCCAUCUCAAUGGGGCAGACCUUCUUGGAGAUGAGCGUGAUGGAGAUGGAAUCAUGCUUCCAUCUACAGAUAUACCGCCAACGGAUGAACCCGCUUCUUGUGGUAGAACCCCCAGCACUCGUAGCUCAUCAUACCCUGUCGAGUUGUCGGAUGCCCCGGAGCAAGAAAGCUUGGGCAAUUCUUUCAAGGAAUCAAACGCUCAAGAAUCAUCAAAUGGCACGACCAUGGCCCAGACAGCGCCUCCGAAUCUAGCCUUUCACGAGAGCUCUGAAAUUUUCACAGACCCAGUUGUGGCCAGCGCCGUGGAUCUGAUGGACAUGUCACACGCCAUUAUGGAUGCUCAAGACAGCUACCAGGAACAGCACCAUGAUCAGGACCAUACAGCCGCCGACUCCGAAGCACGACUUGGAGCAUCCGUCUAUUCAAACGGAAAUUUCGGGGACAUUGCUGACGGAAAUGGAUUGCUUACUCGAAUGACACCAGGUCAUCAAAGCCAGCUUAAGACAGCUCCUACGUGGCAGACUACCGCGUCUCUGUACAGUGCCAACUCGGCACCAUACAACUGGUGGCAUACUCCGGCUCCACAGUCGAUUCCACUGGCAUCACAACUUGUAGAGUCUUUCCAACAACAGAGGCCCUACGGAUCGCUGUUCUUGGAGCAUAUGGACAUAUUGGAAGCUCUGAUCCGCCAGAGGAUCGAGCAAUUGGAAGGCUCUGGAUCUGCCGAUAUGACUUCCGGAGUGGUAUCUACUGCGGUCAUUCUCUUCCAUGACUACGCCUGGCAAGGGACAGCCAGGUUCUGGGGAAGCUCACAAGCCCGCAGCAUCCUUGAAUCCGUCCUGGCAUGGCGCUGUAUGCCUAACAGUGUCACACUGGCAAAUUUGCCACUGGCUUGGAGACCGACUCCCUUACAGCUCUACAUACCUCACUCUUGUGUCAUCGACUGGUUCCCGCAUCCCGGCCUUCGAGACGCCCUGAUCUUACACUACAACAACAGCCCCAUCCUUGAUCAGCUUUUCUGGGAUUGCAUGGACUGUUGGGUGGUGACAGUGGAAGAUAUCGCAACAAUACUUACCGACGUUGACCAUGGACCUGGUCUCAUUGGCGUUUGGAAUAUUGUCGAGGCCAUGGACGGGUCUCGUUCGUUUCGACCGCCCGACGUCACCACCACAUCGCCUCUAUAUUCAUGGCAACAAGGAGCCUUUCCAGCUUCGACACAACCUUCUGCGCGAAUGGCUCACGUCAAUUCAACCACACCCAGCGGUAGCGAGAACAGCGACGACCGUUCUCAUGAUCCCGCCGACAGCAACAUGAGAAAGCCCCUUUCGAGAGAAGGGAUCGAGUGGGUGCCUAUGCCUCUCGACGUCAUUCUCAGUCGCAAAGACCUCGCCAGAGAUUUGUUCUAUCACCUGAAUAUGCACGACACGAUCUCGAAUUGGUUGUUUGAUCCCCAUCUCUUCGAAAGUUACCCGGAACUAAAGUAUCCGGGGUAUGAAACCCUGGUGGCGAAAGGCAGGUCCUUUCGCCGGCCCGCACAGAAAAUCGGACCCACGAAAAUGAGCAGCUGGACCAUCAAUCUUUAUCAGAAAGCACUUCUAGGACGUACAGGUCAACUAAAGAUCUGA